AUGCCGUUGAUCAGUGAUCUGUUGGAAGAUCUGGAUAAAGCUCUAUGGUACUGUUCGCUAGACAUGGCUAGUGGAUUUUGGGUCGUCGAAAUGACUGAACGAGCAAAACUGAUCUCAGCGUUUGUCACACCGUUUGGCUUGUUCGAGUGGCUGCGAAUGCCUUUUGGGCUUAAGAACGCGCCCCAGAUCUACCAACGUCUGGUGGACAAUGCGUUGUAUGGAUAUCUCAAGAUCGGUCAGAGAUCAGCCUCUGAUGGCCCGAUCGACGUGUUCAAAGAUGGAGAGCCUGAGACAGAUCGACGACCGUCUAUACUGGGACGCCGAUCUUACAUUGACGAUAUUCUCAUACCAGCCACGUCAUGGGUAUCUUUGUACACAAAAGUAGAACGGUUGCUGGAGGCAUGUGAUAGGUUGAAUCUGUCUAUCAGCCUCACGAAGAGCUUUUGGGGGUGCCGUAAGGUCGAUUAUUUGGGACAUCGAGUGUCGAUGGAUGGUCUGGAGGCUCAGCCCAAGAACCUAGAGUCGUUGGUUAACAUCCCGUUUCCUAGCACGAUACGAGCUAUGCAAUCCUUUCUCGGGAGCUUGAACUACUACCGUCGCUUCAUUGAGGAUUUCGCGGUGUUGUAUGAGUUAAGAGAAUCGGAUUUCUUCGAGAUCGGCCGAUCUCAGCUUGCAGCAGGAGACGAAUGCUCCAACGAGGGUCGAUGGACGGAAGCCAAGGUUGCUUUCACUAUGCUAAAAGCUAAGAUAGCUACAGCUCCCAUGCUCAAGCAUUUCGACCCAGAUCGGUCCCCCGUAAUCGUGGUCUACGCUAGCAAGUGGGCUGUCUCAGCGGCCCUGAUACAGGAGUACGAUGGCGUGUACCAUCCGGUGACGUUUACUAGCCGCAAUUUAAAGCCUAAUGAGCUUAACUACGGAACGGUAGAAAAAGAAGUGCUGGCGCUACUUCGUUUGUUGGAUGUAUGCUAUACUACGCUUGCCUCGCGGGAGAUCACUGUACUGACCCGACAUUCUACGUUAGCCUGGUUGAUGCAGUCUCGAGGGCUCAACGGGAGAUUAGGACGGUGGGCUGCUUUGUUGUCAAAUUGGACUAUGGAGGUGAAGAAAUGUGAAAGAGGAGAGGAAGAGAUCCUGGGCAUGUUAGCAGCGAGUAUCACUCCGAGAGGAGAAGUGGAAGAGAUGCUGAUUGCGAUCUCCCCACGAAAAGACUGUCGACUCAAAAUAUCGAUGCCUCCUCCAACGGUGGAAACAGAUGAGGAGUUGCUGGUGGCCAGUUUCGAUGGAUCGGCUAGGAUAAAAAAGAAAGGAGGGUCGUUCAGUGCCGUGAAAUGGAAGUUACCCGAAUGGACGAUCGUGGCGGCCGAAUCGAGAUAUGUUCACGAUCUGACUGUGAACGAAGCUGAGUAUAAUGGCUUGCUACUGUGCUUUGAGUUACUCGCCGGUCUGGAUAGGGGGCGAGUAAUACUGUGUGGAGAUUCCAGUCUGGUGAUUCGACAGAUGCGCGGUGAGAUCGACUGCAAGGCACCGGGCCUUCAGCUUCUGAGACACAAAGCGUUGGAGAAGCUGCAGUCAUGGCCUAGUCACGAGUUUCUGCAUAUGAAGCGAGAGUGGAAUCAGAGCGCAGAUCGACUAGCCAGCACAUCAUUGCAGAGCGAAAAGGGAAGAACGGUUGUAGCUGAAGAGGAUCGGCAAGAUCUGAUGACUCUGAACCGUCUCGAUGAAUUGUUGAAGCCCAAGCAAGAUGGUCAGCUAGCUCGGGUAACUGCGAUCGCGAGAUCAGCCAGGAGGAUACGUCAUGAACCUGAAGUGAUACAGGAGGAGAUAGUACAGAGGAUCAGGAUUCAACGAAUUGUCCAAGCUCAAGAUGAAGAGCGUUGGAUUGUCAAUCUCAAGACAUAUCUAAGUGGCGAUGUAUCAAACUUGGAUGCGGUAGAAGUGAAGAUGUGCGCCAAACUGGCGCCGGAAUACGAGAUCGAUGAGAACAAUCUGCUAUUUUUUUGCCCCAUGGCGAAAAGAGAGUCGGAAGAUCGCGAUGGUUUGAUGCGGUUGGUGAUCCCUGAGACGUUGCAGCAGGAUUUUUGCAUCACUACCACACCAGUCUGGAAGGAGGCCACCAGGGUAUUGGCCGAACCUAUCAGAGGAUCAGAUCGCGAUUUCAUUGGAGAGGACUGUAUCGGAGCGUUCAACGAUAUGUGGGCGAAUGUACCGACUGUGAGACCGGGAAAGGAAACCCGAUGA